GGAAAGGAGGGCGGGAUCGGAAUUGCCGUUCAUCCAUUUUCCAUCUCGAGAUAGGCAGUUGGUGAUGGUCUCAUCAGUAGAAGCGGGCAGAAAGGCAGUCGUCAAAGCGUUUCACCUAAACAGCUGUCAAGCAAGGGCGGUUUUGGCGUCUGCAUGACGAGGGAUUUCUCUUGUGUGUGAUGGAAAGACGGUUGAGCCGAGAGAGGAGGUGAUGUGGUUCACUUGAUGCGGUUCCAGAGUCGAGGAACCUUGACGACCAAGCGCUUGCAUUUGUUGCGCGGCCACCACGGGAUGCCCACCAGGUGCUGGGAUGGCACUUCCCGCCCCACUGUUGCCCUGGGCCUUGAUUGCUCACCUCGGUGAGUGGCUGAGAGCGGUUGGUCUCACCGAAGCUUUGACCACUGCGAAGCACUGACCUUGCUCGCGUCUUCAGUUCACUUCGCGUCGCCACCAGGCAGCGAGUCCACGUGAUUUCCUGACAUCGAUAGGUAUUCAACGACGACAACGGCGAGAUUGGCUUUGAGUUUUACGGUUUUGGCAGGCGUUCUGGUGUAAAGGGAAAACGGUUUACCGACAUCUGAUGGGCCAGAGGCAACAUUAAACAUUCACAGCACUGGGUAAUUCAGUGAUUGCUUUUUGACAGCACACUGCAGCCAGACAGCCCGAGUUUACGAGUCGUUACAUCGACGACCGUUUGAGCAUUGCAUCACAUUUCCUGCACUCUUCAUCAGGUAUUUGAUUGCAUCCAAAACCAUCAGUAGAUCUUCAAAAUGGAGUUCUUCAUCGAUGACCUUCGGGUCCUCUUCCCAUACCCCCGAAUCUAUCCAGAAACGCUCGAUGCCGGCGGAAACUGCGUUUUGGAAAUGCCUUCGGGCACAGGGAAAACUGUCACCCUGCUCUCCCUCAUUGUGGCCUAUCAGAUGUCGUCACAAGAGAAGCGACCGCUCAUCUACUGCUCCCGUACCAUGUCCGAGAUCGAAAAGGCUCUGGUAGAACUCAAGGCCCUGAUGAAGUUUCGAGCCGAGAGACUGGGGCAUGAAGAGGAUUUCCGGGCCAUGGGUCUAACGUCCAGAAAGAAUCUAUGUCUGCACCCAGACGUGAAACGAGAAAAGAGCGGUAGUGUUGUCGAUGCCCGCUGCCGCAGCUUGACAGCCGGCUUCAUUCAGGAGAAGAAGAGGAAGGGCGAAGACGUAGACGUCUGCGUUUAUCACGAUAACCUCGACAACCUUGAACCGCACAAUCUCAUACCCAACGGUGUUUGGUCUCUCGAUGGCCUGCUCAGAUACGGCCAGAAACACACGCAAUGCCCCUAUUUCACCGCGCGGAGGAUGAUGAGCCAGUGCAACGUGGUGAUUUACAGCUACCACUAUCUGCUCGACCCAAAGAUUGCCGAGCGUGUUUCCAAAGACUUCUCCAAGGACUGCAUCGUUGUCUUUGACGAGGCUCACAACAUCGACAACGUCUGCAUCGAAUCACUCAGCACUGACAUCACUGAGGAAUCUCUACGGAGGGCUACCAGGGGAGCCCAGUUUCUAGAGAACAGGAUCAAUGAAAUGCGAGACUCUGAUCAGCAAAAGCUGCAAGACGAGUAUGAGAAGUUGGUUGAGGGUCUCAGGGGCAACGAUGAAACUCGCGAAGAGGACUCGUUCAUGGCGAAUCCAACCCUUCCAGAAGACCUUCUCAAAGAAGCAGUGCCAGGUAACAUCAGACGAGCCGAGCACUUUGUUGCAUUUCUGAGGAGAUUCAUCGAGUACCUCAAGACCCGCAUGAAAGUCCGGCAGGUCAUCUCAGAGACCCCCCCUUCUUUUCUAGCCCAUCUGAAGGAGUACACUUUUAUCGAGAAGAAGCCGCUCCGAUUCUGCGCCGAGCGACUCACGUCCCUGGUGAGGACGCUGGAGCUGACCAGAAUCGAAGACUACCAACCCCUGCAAGAGGUGGCCACCUUUGCAACCCUGGUAGCGACCUACGAGAAGGGUUUCCUCCUGAUCCUAGAACCCUACGAAUCAGACACAGCUGAGGUGCCCAACCCGGUGCUCCACUUCACCUGCCUGGACGCUGCCAUCGCCAUCAAGCCGGUAUUUGACCGGUUCAGCUCGGUCAUCAUCACCUCUGGUACCAUCUCGCCACUCGAGAUGUACCCCAAGAUGCUCAACUUUGAGACGGUGGUGCAAGAGUCAUAUUCCAUGACCCUGGCAAGGAGAUCAUUCCUGCCCAUGAUUGUCACGCGGGGAAGCGACCAAGCCACAAUCUCAACGGGCUUCCAGGUCCGGAACGAACCUAGUGUCGUUCGAAACUACGGCAGUCUACUCGUGGAGUUUGCAAAGAUCACACCUGACGGAAUCGUCUUGUUCACCCCGAGCUACUUGUACCUCGAAUCGCUCAUUUCCAUGUGGCAGGGCAUGGGCGUGUUGGACGAAGUGUGGAAGUACAAGCUCAUCCUCGUCGAGACGCCCGACGCGCAGGAGACGGCGCUGGCGCUCGAGACGUACCGCACCGCGUGCAAGAACGGGAGGGGGGCGGUAUUUUUGUGCGUCGCGAGAGGGAAGGUGUCGGAGGGCGUUGAUUUUGACAAGGAGUUUGGCCGUACUGUCAUCAACAUCGGUGUUCCGUUUCAGUACACCGAGUCACGCAUCCUGAAAGCGCGGUUGGAGUUUUUGAGGGAGACGUACCGCAUCAGGGAGAAUGAUUUUCUCUCUUUUGAUGCGAUGAGGCAUGCUGCCCAGUGCUUGGGGAGGGUUAUCCGCGGCAAGGACGACUACGGCGUCAUGGUGCUUGCGGAUAGGAGGUUCAAGUCAAAGAUUCAGCAGCUGCCCAAGUGGAUCCAUCAAGCGCUGCUUGGUGCGGAUACUAAUCUGAGUACGGAUAUGGCGGUUAGUAACGCGAGGAGGUUUUUCAAGAUGAUUGCCCAGCCUUUCCGAACUGAAGACCAGGAAGGUAUCAGUAUCUGGACGCUUGAACAGCUCAAGGAGCAUCAGAGGAAGAUGCAGGAGGAGUUGAUUAGGGAGUUGCAGGCUACGGAGGAGAAGAGGGUGAAUCAACAGCAGCAGGCGCAACAGGCGCAACAGUUUAUUUCUGCGAGGGAGAGGCCGGAUAGUGAUUACGAGAUGGAUGAGGAUGAUGAGGCUGAGUUGAUGGCGUUGGAUCCGUAGUCGCUGACUUCACACGCGCUUGGGUUGUUAGAUAAUCGGUAGUCAUUUGUAACACAUAGUAUCAUCAAUCAAUAUAAGUCGUGGGGAGAA